AUGACUCGCAUAUUAAGGCUUGCGACAGCCUUGGGCUUUGCGACACUCCAAAGCCGCCAGGAUUCGGAAACUGGCCCUGCAUUAUGCCACUCUUAUGGCAUGGACUUCCAGAGCGGUGGGACUUACUUCCAGAACUCAUUGUCAAGCGACAAUCUUACAUUUGUCGAGCAAUUCGAAGGCUGUAAUCAGGAUGUCGCGUAUAACAUCAUCGUUGAUCCGCAGGGCGACCAGAACCUGUGUACCGAUACGAAUCUCGCACCCGAUGACACGGACAUGCUCUCAACCUGCCCACUGCGGAAGAAUCAGCUUGUAUCCGGCACCUGGUCGAUUAUAGUUAUCAGCGACAACGGCGAGGGUGUACCUCUGGCGGCGCAGCGAGACUUCGUUCUCUCCGUCGGUCCUCAACUUACAUCAACAACAACGCCUACAAUCACAGCUACCCGCGUCCUUAAUCCCAUAGUUAAUCAGACCAUUACGGAAACGACAACGGACACCACAUAUCUGAGCCCAAGCACCGUAACAAUCCCUUCAGCAACGAUCACUCCCACAACCACCGUCACACCCCGGAAGGUGACUUCCUACUCGACUAAGGCACUGUUGACGUUGAGGGUGCCCGCCUACACAUUUGAGGUCACAAAGGUGACGGCCACCAAGACCGCCAGCUGCAAGCUGCCCACGCGCCCCGCGCACUUCGACAGGCGCGCGGUUAUCGUCCCCACUGUCGGCCCAGUAGCCCACAUCAUCGCCUCAAUUGGCCUUUUCCGCCGUGAAGAGGACAGAGGGCGCUUCUUGCAAGAACGUGCUGAGCGUCUUGCACUCGUUGAGCGCGCGCCCGAUCCGCAGCCUCUCCUCGUGACCGAGACGAACACGGAUAAGUGGACCACUGCGACCGUGACCUCCACGGGAACGCCGAUUGUCGCAACCAUCACCAGCGAGGUGACAAGCCUCGCUACACUCACGCCUCCGCCGAUCACUGUGGUUUCAGGUGAGUGUACGGAAACCCGCGUCACGGUUACGGCGCCUACACCAACGCUCCUCAAGACGCGGUAUAUUAUUGCAACAGUAGGCAUACCGACGAAGACGGUUCACUAUGUGUAUACGAUUCACACCACUUCGACACCUUCUGCUGUGGCUGAGGCAUGUACGUCUGCCGGUGGAAUCCUGCACUAG